AUGGAAUACGAUUUAACAAGACGUCUAGCUCCUUUUUUUGAUCUACAUUUGGUUAUUCCAAUACUUGAAUUUAUUGAGCCGCGAAAGAUUUAUGAUGAAGAAUCAUUCAAAAAAGUUCAUUUGUCAGUAUUUAGAAAAACCAAUAUGGUCGAUAAUUUAAUUAAUGAUUAUAGUGAUAAUGAAAAUUUGGUUAAAGAAUUUGAAACAAAAAAGAAACAAAUUAUGGAAGAAAGGGAACGUUUAAGAGGUAUUUGUAAUCCAGUUUUGACUGUGUUGGAUAGAGAUGAUGUUAAGGAGGUUAUGGAGAGUAUGACUCGCGAUCGUGAAGGAAAUACCAAAAUGCUGGAAUAUCUUGAACAAAAAUCGGAGUUCAAAAUGGAAAUGUUGGAUAGCCUCUAUAAAUAUGCUAAAUUUCUUUAUGAAUGUGGCAAUUAUUUGGCAACAUCAACCUACUUGGAAUUUUAUAGAAUUUUAAUUCCUCAGGACGACCCAAAUUAUUUAAAUGCUUUGUAUGGCAAAUUGGCCUCAGAAAUUUUGAUGCAAAGUUGGGACCAUGCUAGGGAUGAUUUGAAUCGCCUGAGAGCUUAUAUUGAUUCUGACCCUUUUGAGAGUGAAUUGGAAUUGUUACAACAUAGAGCUUGGUUUCUGCAUUGGUCUCUAUAUGUUUAUUUUAAUUAUCCUAAGGGAAGAGACGAAAUUAUUGAAUUGUUUUUGAAUCAACAACCUUAUUUGAAUACUAUACAGGUUCUGUGCCCUCAUUUAUUACGUUAUUUGGCUGUUGCUGUUGUUACAAGUAAAAAUAAACAAAAAAUAAGCAUGAAAGAUUUAAUUAAAGUUAUUGAUGUGGAACGUUAUAAUUAUCAAGAUCCCGUUACGGAAUUUCUUUCUUGUCUGUACAUUGAUUUUGAUUUUGACGCGGCACAGACAAAAUUGAGAGAAUGUGAUUCGGUACUCAUUAACGACUUCUUUUUAACUCAUUGUCUCGAUGAUUUCCGUGAAAGUUCAAGACUUUUAAUUUUUGAAAUGUUUUGUCGAAUUCAUCAAUGUAUUAGUUUGGAAAUGCUUGCGAAUCGGUUAAAUAUGGGAAAUGCUGAAGCAGAACGUUGGAUAGUCAAUUUAAUUAGAAAUUAUCGAAUUGAAGGAGCCAAAAUAGAUUCACAAUCAGGACAAGUAGUUAUGUCUGCAAGACCAAUUAGUAUUCACGAACAAGUUAUGGAAAAUACAAAAAGGAUGACUAUACGUUCACAACAAAUUGCUUUACAAUUGGAGAAGAGUAAAACUGACAAAAAGGGUCCUUGGAAACGCGGUGAACGUGAAAUGCUUUGA